AUGAAUAAUUACACGUGCACAUGUAUCCCAGGAUAUUCAGGACUCAACUGUGAAAACAACACAGACGAAUGCGAAUCUAAUCCUUGUGAACAUAACGGUACUUGUAACGACGGAAUGAAUAAUUACACGUGCACAUGUACCCCGGGAUAUUCAGGACUCAACUGUGAAAAAGACACAGACGAAUGCGAAUCUAACCCUUGUGAACAUAACGGUACUUGUAUCGACGGAAUGAAUAAUUACACGUGCACAUGUACCCCGGGAUAUUCAGGACUCAACUGUGAAAACAACACAGACGAAUGCGAAUCUAACCCUUGUGAACAUAACGGUACUUGUAUCGACGGAAUGAAUAAUUACACGUGCACAUGUAUACCGGGAUAUUCAGGACUCAACUGUGAAAACGACACGAACGAAUGCGAAUCUAAUCCUUGUGAACAUAACGGUACUUGUAUCGACGGAAUGAAUAAUUACACGUGCACAUGUAUCCCGGGAUAUUCAGGACUCAACUGUGAAAACAACACAGACGAAUGCGAAUCUAACCCUUGUGAACAUAACGGUUAUUACGGAGAGCAUUGUGAGAAAGAAGUAGAUGUGUGCCAAUCUUCACCCUUUUCAUCUGAGAACACAUUGCUGGAAGAACAAAUUGAAGAAAUCAGAACAUCAUACCCACUUUUAUUGAACAAGACAAAUGGUUUGCAGUGUGGUUCAGUUCAGAUGGCUCUUGAACGCACUGAAGAUUCUGGAAGUUUGAGAGUCGGCAUCGUGUGUGAUGAUAAGCCCUUGUCUAAAGAUGAACUAGAGAGACUAUUUGCUACUUUACCGUUAACAGAAGUGCUGCGUAAGGAUACAGACGUCGGAACAAAGAACACAGCUUCUUCUUGGGAGGUUCGCUUUUUAUCACAUUUUGUUGCAUUCAAAUUCAAUUUAAAUGACUAA